GUUUGGUGUGGGCCUUAUGCUUACGGGUAGGUGUUGUGUCGCAUACUUGUUUAACACGCCGGAUAGGUCAAAUAAUCCCAGUGAAGAUGUCUCGGUGUUUAACAUUAAUCAAGCAUACUGCUGGAAUUUCUCAGCGAGCAAGCUCAAGACUUGCGUUUUCUGGUCGUGGAGCUGGAAGUAAAGUUCUAACAGCUACGUUUAAAACAGAUGAUGCUCGAGUUGGGAAACAGCGGUAUCACACAAAACCCCACUUCUGGGGUUCCAGUCACUCCGGUGUUUCACCGAUCCAGAGAUGUUACAGCACACAGCAGGCCGAGAUCACGGAAGAGGAACCUUUACAUUCCAUCAUAACUGAUACGGAGAACGUAGAAGGCUCAUUUUCCAAGCAUGAGUUCCAGGCAGAGACGAAGAAACUCCUGGACAUUGUUGCCAGGUCACUGUACUCUGAGAAAGAGGUGUUUAUCCGUGAACUCAUCUCCAACGGCAGUGAUGCUCUGGAGAAGCUGCGUCACCGUCUGAUCACAGGAGGCGGGGAGACCGCCCCCAUGGAGAUCCACCUGCAGACAGACGCUGCCAAAGGCACCCUCACCAUCCAGGACACAGGGAUCGGGAUGAACCAGGAGGAUCUGGUGGCCAAUCUGGGUACCAUUGCUCGUUCUGGCUCGAAGGCUUUCCUGGAUGCAUUGCAGAGUCAGGCAGAGGCCAGCAGCUCCAUCAUUGGUCAGUUUGGGGUGGGCUUCUACUCGUCGUUCAUGGUUUCAGAUCAGGUGGAGGUGUUCUCCCAGUCUGCAGAGCCUGGAACCCCUGGAUACAAAUGGACCUCAGAUGGCUCCGGACUGUUUGAGGUUGCAGAGGCCACUGGAGUUCGCCAGGGCACCAAGAUCGUCCUGCACCUGAAAGAUGAGUGCAAAGAAUUUGCAUCCGAAGACCGGGUCAAAGAGGUUGUCACCAAGUACAGCAACUUUGUUAGUUUUCCCAUUUUUCUUAAUGGGCGAAGACUUAAUACCCUGCAGGCCCUGUGGAUGAUGGAGCCAAAGGAGAUCAGUGAGUGGCAGCAUGAGGAGUUCUACCGUUACGUGGCUCAGGCGUAUGAUAAGCCUCGCUACACCCUGCACUACCGCGCAGACGCCCCCCUCAACAUCCGCAGCAUCUUUUAUGUGCCCGACGUGAAGCCCACCAUGUUUGAUGUCAGCCGUGAGAUGGGUUCCAGCGUGGCGCUGUACAGCCGCAAGGUUCUGAUCCAGACCAAAGCUGCCGACAUCCUGCCCAAGUGGCUCCGCUUCCUCCGAGGUGUGGUGGACAGUGAGGAUAUCCCCCUGAAUCUCAGCAGAGAGCUGCUUCAGGAGAGCACCCUCAUCAGGAAACUGCGGGACGUCCUCCAGCAGCGCGUGAUCCGCUUCUUCCUGGACCAGAGCAAGAAGGACCCGGAGAAGUACGCUCGCUUCUUCGAGGACUACGGCCUCUUCAUGCGGGAGGGGAUUGUCACCACAGCAGAGCAGGACGUCAAGGAGGACAUUGCCAAACUGUUGCGCUUCGAGUCGUCCGCGCUGCCCGCUGGGCAGCAGACCAGCCUGAUGGAGUACAGCAGUCGCAUGCAGGCGGGCACCCGCAACAUCUACUACCUGUGUGCCCCCAACCGCCACCUGGCCGAGCACUCGCCCUACUUUGAGGCCAUGAAGCAGAAGGACAUGGAGGUCCUCUUCUGCUACGAGCAGUUUGAUGAGCUCACACUCCUCCACCUGCGAGAGUUUGACAAGAAGAAGAUGAUCUCCGCGGAGACAGACAUCGUGGUGGACCACUAUAAAGAGGAGAAGUUUCAGGAUGUCAAACCAGAAUCUGAGAAGUUGACCGAACCGGAAGCCGAGGAUCUGAUGGCCUGGAUGAGGAACAGUCUGGGGUCCAAAGUCACCAACGUAAAGAUAACGCCACGUCUGGAAACACACCCAGCCAUGAUCACAGUGCUGGAGAUGGGCGCUGCCCGCCACUUCCUGCGCACCCAGCAGCUGGCGCGGAGUGCAGAGGAGCGGGCCAAGAUGCUGCAGCCCACCCUGGAAAUCAACGCUGGUCAUGAUCUGAUUAAGAAGCUGCACUCCCUGAAAGACUCCAACUCUGAGCUGGCACAGCUGCUUCUGGAGCAGAUCUACGACAACGCCAUGAUCGCGGCAGGUCUGAACGACGACCCCAGACCCAUGAUCGCACGGCUCAACGACCUGCUGACCAAAGCCCUGGAGAAGCACUGACCCCUGCCCUCUGAACCCACCCCCCAUCACCCCACGUGCCCACCCUGCCCUCACAUCGUUUACCGUUUAAGACUCUCGCCCGCUUAUCCCCUCAUCCCAAACGAACUAUGCCUUUGUCACAUAUGAUUGGAACUUGUGGAGUCGCCACCACCACCGCCGCCGCCUCAGAGAGAGAGAGAGAGAGAGAGAGAGAGAGAGAGAGAGAGAGAGAGAGAGAGAGAGAGAGAGAGAGAGAGAGAGA